GACGCGUUGGCCGCUGGGACGGGUCCCGCGCACGCGCCGGGCUGUGGGGGGGGUCCCGGCGCCGCCAUGACCAACGUGUACUCCUUGGACGGGCUGCUGGUGUUUGGGCUGCUGCUGGUGUGUACCUGCGCCUACCUGCGCCAGGUGCCGCGCCUCAGGGCCUGUCUGCGCGCCCACCAACGCGGCUUCGGCGGCCUCUGCUACAAGGCAUCCGUGAUCGGCACCCGGCUGCACGUGGCCGUGGCCAUCUCCUGUGUGCUCAUGGCUUUCUACGUCCUGGUGCUGAAGUGACCCCAGAGCCAGCCCCAAGGCCGGGCCCCGGCACCCCCAGCCCCAGGCAGCCCCCAUGGCCCCGAGGCCUUCGUGACCCCUGGGCAGUGGGGCUGACACUGGGCUGCUUUUGCUCUUGGAGAGGGAGAGUCUGGACCUGCAGAAGGGGGGGGCUCAACCUGACAACUCCCCCCAGCCAGAGGGAAGCUCCAGCUCUGCCCCCCAGCACCUUCUGACGCUGAACUGUGCCCUUGGAGGGGCUGUGACCACAGGAGACCCCCUGCCGUGGGGGCUGGGGGGGACAGUCAGGGCCCCCCCCACACUAAGGGAGUGUACCCCCCAGCCCCUGGGAGUGUGAGGGGGUUCCCUACCCCCCGACACCGUGCUGUGGGGUUUGGAACCACCCCCCAGCUUGGAAAUGUGGGACCACAACGUGCAAAUAAAAGAGGGUUCUGCUGA